CACAACAACAUGAAGUACUCCUGUGUUUUGCUCCUGUUGGCCACCGUCGCCUGUUUCCUGGUGAGCCUGUCCAGUGGCAGUACCACGACCACAAGCACAGAUGCCACCACCACAACGACCACCGCCUCGUCCUCGGACACCACUACCACGACAACUUCGUCCUCGGACACCACGACCACCACCACGGCAUCCCCCUCCUCCUCCAAGAAGGAGCACGUGAUCCACUACAAGCGCAAGGUGCACCGCCCCAAGAAGGUCAAGACGAUCCGCAGGAAGAAAAACCGCAGCGGUUAAACAUCUUUAGAUUACCUCAAACACACUUGCAAUUAACCUGAACUCCGAACCCCGAAGACAACUACC